AUGAUAAACGCAGUUGUAGAAUGCAUUCCUAUGAUUAUAUUGUCAGCAUGUAUGGCUUAUAUUUCUGGAUUCAUCAUUUGGGUCUUGGUAAGUAAUUGUCUAUGCCAUCCAAGAAUCUUUUAAUAUGAAUGGAGAACCUUUAGUGAUUUUCUUAUUAAUCCCCUAAGCUCAAAUAAUGUACUGUUUCCAAAACUAUAAGUACUUCUUCGCAUGAAAUAUUGUAUCUUUCUCUCUCACAUUUAAUAUACCUCUUCUUUAGGACUCUAGAUUCAACCCAGAUGAAUUUCCGCCUGCUUUUAUAGAAGGUGUUGGUGAAGGAUUUUGGUGGUCGUUUAUUUCAAUGACAACUGUUGGGUAAGCUGAUUAUAGCCAAUUUUUUUUUUUUUUUUUUUUUUAUAAAAAGUAUUGAUACCUAUUGGCAAAUCUUGGCCGCUUAAACGAAGCCUUAUUGGGCCAGAUAUGGUCGUUAUUACCAUUCCUACAUUGAUCCGGUAUUUAAGAAAAGUAAUUUGAUGUUGUAAAUCAUUUCACGAUAUCGCUUAUUUUAGGCAAAUAUGCAUCAUCAGGUAUACAAUUCUAAUGUACAUUUUUCAGUAUCUAAGUGUAUACCAAUGCUUUUAUAAAUGUCAUUUACAUGUACUCCUUGCAGAUAUGGAGAUCGCUGCCCCCGUUCUAUCCCUGCCCGUGUUUCUGGUAUCAUAUGGACCCUAAUUGGACUUGUUAUUAUCUCCAUUCUGAUUGGUGCGAUUGCUUCGUCACUGACAUAUGUCAAUGUGAAUAAACCUGUCACUCUUUAUGGGGCGAAGGUAUGCCUAAACAAAUGGUGAUAAUGCAUGAUUCAAAGUAAUACUUUAUGACUUCUUCUCUUGACAGAAAUACAUGCAAAUAGAUUAGUGACAGAUGCACACUCGCACUGCCAGGAAGGUUGAAAGAAGAGUACACAGACAGACAGACCGAGAAAUAGAUAGACAGUCAGGUAGAGAGAGACGAACUGAGGGACAGACAGAAAUGCAAAAGAUCAGGUGGACAGACAGACACACAGACAAAACGAUAGGUUUACAAACACCAGGAUGGGUUAGGGAUAACAACUUUAGCAACAUAAUGCAUUCAAGUUGCUAAGGAAGGAUCUGAUUCACCAGCUUAUAUCUAAAAGGGAAAUACUUAGAGGGAUACAUUUUUUCCCAAUUUAGAUCGGAGCCAUUCAGAACUCCGUGGAAUAUCGCCUUGGAAUUCUUAAGAAUGCAAAAGUAAACGGAGGUAAGAUCGAUUUAUAACGACUAAUAUGAUAACUUUGGGCAACUGAUAAAUUUCUUAUAAGGCCAAGUGGAAUCCAAUUCGGUCUGUAAUCAUACAAGCGAGUAGCCAAUCGCACGACCGCAAAGCGGGAGUCCGAUUUGUAACUCACGAUUUUAUUACAGAUAUAAUUGGACGACACAAAGUUCUGAGGCGGGGGGAGGGAGUCGUCCGAAACGAUCUCUGACUUCUGACUAUUCUGGACUGCCAGGUUCUUAGCACCAAGCAUCUCAGAUUAAUUUGGCUUACUCCUUAUUUUCAUUCAUACAGAAAAAUACCAUAACGUUGAUGAAAUCCGAACAGCACUUGAAGAUGGUGAAAUUGAUGGCGCUUUGUUAGACACUUACGUAGCUGCAGAACAUAAAGAAACUCUUUUCGAUGACAGAAUAUAUGUUAAAGAGAUCUUAGAGAGGCCAGUUGGGUACGGAGUGGUUCUUUCUGGAGCGGCUGUGGGUGUCGAGCAACAAUGCCGGGAUUAUAUCAAUAUGCACAUAACUGAAAUUUUUUCACAUCAUCCAGAAUAUGACGAAGACUCUUGA